CUUACUCUACACCUGGGAUAACAUCUUUCCACUUGAACAAAACAUCUACCGCUCAUCAUGUCGCGCUACUUUCCCCACACUCCCUACGCGGAGGACCAGCGUCUAUCCCACACGAUCCUCACAUCGCACGUAAUCGCGCGAACAAUCACAAUAAGCAACAUCAUCGCAGCAGGCAUCACAACAACAAGACAGCUCAUCCCCGCGCUCCGGCCCAAGGCUACAGCGCUGGCCUUUACCCCGCGGCUGAUCCAGUCUGCGUCGACGGGCACGGUGAUAGCUUUGGGUCUUGGGGCGCUCAUGACGUUGGGCCGUAUGCACGGCCGGGAGGAGAUUGAGUGGCAGGAUCGGAGCUGGAGACUCAUGGAGAAUAAGGGACAGUUGGAGACGGAUGACUGGACUGUUGUGGGCGCUGGUGUAGGUGCUGCACUCGGUGCUCAGGCGGCCAAGGGUUUGGGAUGGAGAGGUGCUGUUGGGGGUUUGGGCUUGGGAACUGUGGGAGGUAUGCUUGGGUAUAUGGCGUGGAGAUAUGGCGUGAAUGGGGGCAAGUUUCCCAAGGAUAAGGAUGAGCUAUGAGAGGUUAUGUUGACAUAUCCAGAAUGAUCACGACUCCUUAUUUGUAGUAUACCCCUAAUGCAACUCCAAUCUAGUUUAUAUGUCAAGGAACUA